CCGGUUUCGCUUGCGCCGGCGCGGCGGUGGGCUGAGUGCCGGCCUUUGUCUGCGGGCGCACGCCACUGGGGUACCCAAGAACAGCCCAUGGAAAAGUUUUCUGAAGAGGUGGUGAUUAAAAUCAUACAAGAGUGGACAUGUUUGGAUUUCCAACAGCUACCCUGUUGGACUGUCAUGGAAGAUAUGCCCAGAAUGUAACAUUUUUCAAUGUGAUGACAGAAGCCCACCACAAAUAUGAGCACUCCGAGGCCACAGGAUCCUCAAGCUGGGAUUUUCAGAAUUCCUUCCGAAGAGAGAAGCUGGAACAAAAAUCUCCAGAUUCUAAGACUCUACCCGAAGAUUCAUCAGCAGUGAGACAGAAGGUCUAUGAGUGCCAGGAAUGUGGAAAAUCCUUUAGGCAAAAAGGUAGUCUGACAUUACAUGAGAGAAUCCACACUGGUCAAAAGCCCUUUGAGUGUACCCAUUGUGGAAAGAGCUUCAGGGCCAAAGGAAAUCUUGUGACACAUCAGCGAAUACACACAGGAGAAAAACCCUAUGAGUGCAAGGAGUGUGGGAAAAGCUUUAGUCAGCGAGGUAGUCUGGCCGUUCAUGAGAGACUUCACACUGGACAGAAACCCUAUGAGUGUAUUAUUUGUCAAAGAAGCUUCAGGAAUCAAAGUAACCUUGCUGUUCAUAGAAGAGUUCAUAGUGGUGAGAAGCCCUACAGAUGCGAUCAGUGUGGAAAAGCCUUCAGUCAGAAAGGAAGCUUAAUUGUUCACAUCAGAGUCCACACAGGCCUGAAACCUUAUGCCUGUUCACAAUGCAGAAAGAGUUUCCACACUAGGGGGAAUUGUAUUCUGCAUGGAAAAAUCCACACAGGAGAGACCCCCUAUCUGUGUGGCCAGUGUGGAAAAAGCUUUACUCAGAGAGGAAGUCUGGCUAUGCACCAGCGAAGUUGCUCACAAAGGCUGACUCUCUGACUACUCUCUUCAAAGGAAGUCCUCUUUAAGAAUUCAGUGUACAGAAUCCUCUAAAAUCAAGCAUCCUAUCCAAUUCUGUGGAGUGAAUGGAGAAAUUUUCAGAAAAACUAUCAUGGCGCAAACUGACUAUUCCGUUUCCUCCCAAGUCAGGAAAAUAAAUGUCUUAUUAUCAUUAU